UUUUCCCCUCUGUGAAGCUGAUCCCUAUGGAUAAUUUAAUGAGUCAGUUCGCGGAGGAAAACUAUAGUGAGCUGAUGAACUUUUCCGAUUACGAGUGUGAUUAUGCUGACUGGGAGCACUCGAACUCAGUGGUUCCUGUCCUCUACAUGCUGGUCUUCGUCUUCGGACUGUCCGGGAACGGAGUGGUCAUCUGCAUAGUGUGGAGGUCCCGCACCAAGAGAAGAUCUGCAGACACCUACAUCGGGAACCUCGCCUUGGCUGACCUGGCCUUUGUCGUCACUUUACCCCUAUGGGCUGUGUACGCUGCCCUGGACUAUCACUGGCCUUUCGGCUGGCUACUCUGUAAACUCAGCAGUUACCUGGUGAUGAUCAACAUGUAUGCCAGCGUCUUCUGCCUGACCUGCCUCAGCUUUGACCGCUAUCUGGCCAUUGUCCACUCUCUGUCUAGCAACAAGCUGCGCUCCAAGAGGACCACCAUCCUCUCGUUGGUCCUCAUCUGGACCGUGGCCGGAGUCCUGGCUUCCCCAGCGUUAAUACUGCGGCGGACGCAGGAAAAAGAGAACCAGACGCUCUGUGCCAUGGACUACACUUUGGUGGCGAAUGAGGCCACUGAGCAUUUCUGGGUCGGGGGGCUCAGCCUGUUCGCCAGCACCGUGGGCUUUCUGCUGCCUUUCCUGCUGAUGUCUGGCUUCUACUUCGCCAUUGGCAACACAGUCAACAGGCACUUCCAGAAUGUCAAGAAGGAAGAACAGAAGAAAAAACGCCUCCUGAAGAUCAUCACGGCCCUGGUCCUGGUCUUCGCUAUUUGCUGGCUCCCUUUCCACAUCAUUAAGACCGUCGAUGCGAUCAUCUGGCUGGAUCUCAUCAAGAUCCCGUGCUCCGUCGAUGAAUUCUUUAUCUCGGCUCAUCCGUACGCCACAUGUGUCGCUUACAUUAACAGCUGCCUCAACCCGUUCCUCUACGCUUUCUUUGAUCAGCGAUUUCGCUCAGAGUGCCUCUGUGUGCUGCGCUGUUCCCGGCUAAAGAAAGCUCUGCAUGCCCCUAUCACAUCCAUCUCCUCCAGCAUGAGCAACCCCACCAAAUCCGAGGCACCCUCCUCCGCUACCAAAGUCUAAAAGCUGGGGGCGAGGUAGGGGGAGAAAGAGACCCAGAGAGAGAGAGAGAGCGCGCCAAUAACCCUAAGUCCUCUCCGCUUGUCUGCCAACGAACCCAAAUAGCCCUCAGUCCAUGCGAGGCAGACAAACUCUUGAAUCGGACCAGCGUUCCCGGCCCCAGUCUGGGUCCUUGCUGGUGACUGGACUGUCCGGGAUUAGGAGAUCAGCUCUGUCUCAGGGACCGGCAGAGAUCCUCCCGUUUACCCCACCUUGGGAAAUCGAGCGCCGGGAGAGAUUUCUGCCUUUAAGCUCAAUGCUGGAGUUGCUUAUUUUGUUUUUUUUUAAAGAAACUUUUUAAAAAUAGAUUUUAACAUCUGGGUUGUGAGAGGAACUCCGAUCCAGAGGCAGAAGCCGGUUUCUUCUGUCCUCUAUUUCAUUCAUCCGAGCACUGUUUUAUUUUCACUCCCGCUCUUCACCCUCACGGUCUUCUUUCUCAUUCUCUCUGUGUCUCGUGGUCCUCGCAUUUCUUCCGAUUAUUCUUCCCUCUCCUUCGCCCCUGGUCUCAAGUCUGUUCGAAUGCUGUUCUCAUUGAAUCCAAGGCAGGCAGCCACUCGCUAUGACCUUCUCGAAGUGACUAGGCGCCUUUUCAGAGUCGAGUUCUGCCGCUUUCCUCGAUGUUUUCCCGCAGUUCCCAGAGUGGCUGCGUCGGGCUCGCUCUCUGGCUUUACCCGGUAACACACCCGAGUGAGCGGUCCAUACCAGGUCAAUACACCAGGACAGAGACUCAGUGUAUUGACCCGGCAAGGUUCAAAGAGAGUUAGUGGGCACCUUAUUCGUUUUACUGAGGGACCGAAUAUUGUAGAUAAAUAUGUACAUUUAAUGCUUCUGGCGCCACGCUAGCUUGUGUUGCAACACUGGAUAGGAGAGCUAAAAUUUAUAUUAUAAACAUAACCUGCUUUUUUAAUUAAUUAAACCUAUAUUUGUACAAUUGUAGCGAAAACAAUAAACCUCAAUGUACCUUGUAUUUACUUUUUAAAAUUCCUUUGUGGUAAAUCAGGGAUUCAAAUAUUAAAGGAAUCAAAAUGAACACGUCGAAUCUGGCAUCUACUGAUGGUCAGCAUUACUUUUUAAAAAAAACUGUUAGGGGAUUUUUUUUUCGCUCUUCCGUAAAAUACUCUUAAUUGUUCAGGUAACUUUGCAGUAAGUCCAGACUUUGACGUUCUAUUAAGAGUCUACAGAGCCGUUUCCAGUCUGUUAGCAAUCACGGGGGUUCCUGAUAACUGAAUGUUUGACUUAACAUGUGAUAGUGUUAUCUCGGCACCAAUUAACAGGUAAAGUCAACGCAUUGUGAAGUUUAAAACUGUUUUUAAAAAAUAAGCCCAAUAUACCACUUUUAACAUCAAAUUCUGGACUAUAUUGAGGUAACACUCUGCCGUCCGAAAGUGUGCAGCGUUUAACCUGUUGAAGAAGGGUUGCUAUGUGGCUACAAUCCAGAAUGCAGGAAUCACAAUGGACCGUGCCCACAUUCAGGACCAAAUGCUGUCUUUUUUUAAUUUCAAAAAUAUACUUUAUUCAUAAAAUUAUUUGGAUCUCUAUACAAUUGGUCAUGCCAUUCUUGUGCACACAUUACAUUUCUUUACAUACAAACAUCAAAUUUAUUUUUCCUAUAUACAAGUCUGUACAUUUACUAUCCAGCUGUUCUGCUGAGGAGUCAGCGGAAUUGUGUCGCUUUCUUCUAUAACCUAACAGGGAAAUCAGAAGCACCAGACAUGUGACGUUUUAGG